AUGGCCGAUCCAAUCAACUGGCUCUUGUUGGUGUCACUCGUCGUUAUCGUCAUCGUCUCCGCUGCCUUCCUCUUCUACUGGAAUCGUCUUCUUGGCUGGCUCGUCGCCUGGGCGGUCCGUCUCUUCACAUGGCGCGUUUACCACGCUUACAUCGUCAUCGGAAGUCUGCAGGUCUCUCCGCUUGCCGGUAGAAUAGCUUUCAGAGAUGUCGAAUAUCAUUCCAGCAAUCUCACCAAAUUACCUUGUAGAAUCGCUAUCACAGCUGAAGGCUUGGAAGCGUUCGUCUUCAACCGUACUCCCGCUUAUGACGCCAUUGUGGAACGUAUGAAGAAACACGAGAGGGAGAGUAAAGAAUUUAGUGGUGUCUCCGAAGAGACUUUAAGGACGAACACUCAGGAAAAUGAACGUUCUCGUUCGCGACUUCGAAAAGUUGCAAAAACCACUUCUCACACUAGCUCUUUCCCUUCUUCCAAUAACCUCCACAAGACUGGUAGUGUCCCUGGUGCCGCACAUGAUCUUCCUUACACCAUAAAACCGAUGAACAAACCAACGAAGGAUGGAGUAGACUGGUUCUGCGAAGCUUUACCAAUGGAUAUACGUAUCAGUACAGGAUCUCUCGUAUUGGGUUCUGAUGCUACACCCAUGGUACUCAUCGCGGACUUCAAAAAGGCUCAAGGUACUCUGAACGUUACAGAAUCUCGAUCCAUUUGCGAUUUGUACAAAUUGGAAAUGGAUAUGAGUUUUGAAAAACCUCAUGUACUCAUGAGAACCAAUGUCGAUUACUCUGGACCUCUUUUAGCUCAUGGUCGAAAAGCCUACGACGAAUUAUUAAAACAAGAUCGAGAUAUAGCAAAACAACCUCCUUCCUCCAUUUCCACUUUCCCAGGUUUUCACACCCUCGCUAAGAAAUUUUCAUUCUUAUACAAUCCUAAAUUUUCAACACCCCCUGUUCUUGGUUUACCACAAGAUCGAAUAUGGAGAGGUUUAGCUAGAUAUCGAGAACCAGACAUGACAACUCCCAAAACUCCCAAAAGAGAAGAUCGAGAAUAUGCGAAGAAAACCACUCUACUCGUUUCUGAUAGAGUGGACGUAUUGUAUUAUUCGGACGCUCCUGGUCCCGUUCCUAGACCCGAGGAGAUUAUUGAACCUGAUAAACACGAUGAAUUAGGUAAUGUCGAUUUACCUCCAGAAUAUGGGAUUGAUAUAACUAUUUAUGGAGGAGAUGUGACUUAUGGUCCUUGGGCAGAUAGACAGAGAGAUGCUUUACAAAAAGCUUUCGCUCCAUCUAUCUUCUUCGAUUCGGAACCUAAACCUCGAUUGAAAUUUGGAGAAACUCGAAUACAUUCAGCACUGGUACUCAAUAUAUUCUUGGAGAGGGAUACAAAGCUCAUACUUCCUACCAGAGAACCUUCCAAAGAUUGGCAAUUUGAUGGACUUGGAAAAGUGGAAAGAAAAUAUGGAUGGUUGGAAAUCACUGCUGGGGCAAACUCUUCCAUCAUAUACACUCAAUCACAAUUCGCCACCACUCAUGGAUACGAUGCCAUGUUAGUUCUCAAUCUCGAUUCUCUAGAUAUCUCUUCUAGUGUAGCAUAUCAAAGUUUCAUCAACGCCAAAUCAUGCCGAUUAUCAAUGACAAUGCCCACUCCUCUUCGCUGGGACGCUCAACGUGAUUGGGGUCUUGAUGUCGCAGUCGAGUCACCCACCAUAACCCUUCUUCGUGAUCAUACCACUUUAAUCUCGGAUCUCGCACGCGAUUGGAGUUCUGGAGCUACAGGUGACUUCCAUCAUUUCGUACCCAAUCACUACAACUUCCGUGUCAUUCUCCUCGACUACUGUUUUCAUUUAUUCGUAAAUGAUUUCAAUAUAGUAGACGAUCCUAAAUCUCGAGAUGGUAACGCUUUCAUGGAUGUUUAUGGACCUCGACUCGAAUCCUACAUCGCUGUUGCGGCCACACAAUAUCGACCAGAAUUCUCGACUGUGCCUUUCACCGUCGACUUAUCCGAUGCCAGAGUGGAACUGGGAUUACCGACUUGGGACACUCAUCGUUCUUUCGAUUCUCCGGAUCCUAUAGAGAUUGGCAAAAUUGGUCAUUUAAAGGCAUCUGGUUCUUAUCGUUACUAUUCGGUACCUAGUCCGGAACAUCAAGAAACUAUGACUCUCCAUCUUGAAGGUAGUCAAGUGAUCUUCAAAUCUAUGGGAUGGGUCUUGCGUAGACUGUUCUGUAUCAAAGAUAAUUAUUUUGGAGGGUUCACUCAAUAUUCAAACCUCAACGAAUUCCUCGAACGCUUCGAUCAUGAUCCCAAUUCCGUCGGCGAUCCAGUGGAGGAGAAAUAUCGUCCUGGUAGAUCCGACCCGUAUGCCGUAUUCGUGACUAUGAACAUUGAGGAUUCACUCAUCCUUCUCCCGGACGAGAUCUAUGGCUGUACCAGGGGCUUAGCGAUGCCUGUACCGCAACUGCAAAUGAAUCUCAAGUCCAUCGAACAUUUCAUGGAGUUAUCAUUGGACGCCCUCCCGACGUAUAUCGUCCCUCUAGACGACUUCACACCCGCUUACUCAUAUGGCAAGGUCUCGAUAGUCAAUUCGAAGGAAGUGAUUUUCAUCGAGGGCAUCACGCUCAAAGCGACUCGUUUGUUCGGACCUCAACCAAGGGCGACCACGUAUCUAUGUCUAUGGGAGGCGGUCUUACCUCGAAUAUCUGCAUUCGUUUCGCCAGAGAUGGCCAAAACAAUUGGAAUCGCUGUUCAAGCUCUCCUCUACAACUUUGAGGACGUGGACAACGCCCCUACCGAAGUCUACAUCCAGAAGAGCGCACCCGAUGUGACUUUCUUCAAACUUUCAAUCGAUCAAACCAACAUGGCUCUAUUCGUCAAUAAUGCCAUCGCGACCGUCGAACUUCCUGCCGGUGUCAAUCUCGACACGAGUACUUGGGCGACCAGGACUUGUAAAUCUACACUCGGAUUAGUCCUUCCAGAGGUCGAAGUCAGCCUGCUCACUCGACAACCCACAGCACAAAAAUGGCUCCCUGUUGCUCAAGCAAGCACAGCGUUGACAUUGGAUCUAUAUCGAGCUCCUGAUGGAUGGCAAGAAGCAGCGCAGAAACAACAAGCAUUCAUCAGAGAACAGGACGCUUUGACAAAACGUAUUUGCUAUUUGUACAGUGACGAAGUGAUCAAGACCACCGGACAUCACGUCCAUGGGGUUUACCUACCCGUUCCUAAUUACUUUGAUGAUGAAGACGACGAGACUGAAAUCGAUGAUCUGUCCACACUUCCAUCCCUACAAAUAUCUCAGGACGAACGGGCAUCAUCACCGGAGGAUUCAGAUGCGGAUGAUCCGUCAUACAACGCCCCUCAACACCUCCGACGGAGAUCAAGAUCGAUUGCAACGAUGCAAGAGAAGGAGGUGAUCUCCGCAAGCGAAGAAUCGGACACCUCGUUGGAAUCAAGUGCUGAUGCCUCCGCUUCGGAAGGACAGAACAAUAUGUAUGACAUGGCUUCAGCUCUGGCAGGCAGUAUCAGACUAUUCAAGAGUCUACGAUCCCUGCGUCCUAGUGCGUUUAAGCUACCGUCAGAGUCAACAACUCCUCUACCUCAACAACCCGCUGAUUUGGUUCAUGGAGUCGUUAUGGUCAUCAAAUUGCCGAUUGUCACUGUGGAUCUGCAACCUGGAGUUUUUGCAGCCUUAUCUGCGGUCGCGGCUGAUAUGAACAGAGAAAUACCUCGACCCGAGUUGCUACUUGACUAUCUGCUCAGAGAACAUGCAGAGUCCAUCGAGAAGACAGGACGUAUUCCCGAACCUAAAUUGUUUGACCUUCAGAUCAACUCGGCUCGUAUACAAGCUUCAGCGGAAGGUAAAAAUGUCGCGAUUGCCGAUCUCAGCUUUGAUGGCUUCACUGCUAGAAUUCGGAAUGAACCAACUGUGGAAAGUGACAAGUCAGUCAUAUCUGUUUCAACUUCUGUUAGACGCGCCGAGGUACUCGUCACGACCUUUGAACAACCCAAGAUCUCUCUUCGAGAUGCACCAAAGCCUCUCAUUCUUCCACAAGGAGGUUGGCCGCUUUUACGAUUACUAUGCAAAAAUACUCGGUUCAGGACGCAACAAAAAGACAAGCAUGUCGAAGCGGACGUCUCAAUCGACACCGCCGAUAUUCAAACUGUCACUCCUGUCGUCGGAGUUGUGACUAGGGCUAUACACCAUUGGGAAGAGGCACUAAACGAUUGUCCUCGGGCAACUUGCUCGUCGAGCAUUCCGAAACUACUGUACGACAUCGUGGUCUCGGCGAUGCAGCAAAGCGACGAAGCGUCUAUUCCGGACUUUAUGACAGAGGGUACCUACGGUCUGCACACCAACGAUCAACGUAACAUUCGUCGAGACCUUGGAUGGAACAUGCUUGCCCGUCUUCGACACUGGUUGAAAACCUGCCCUAUGGUCAUGUCUUCCACCGAUCUCACCUCGGACCAAAUGGCGAGUUUUGUGUCGCAGGAACUUGCCACGCUGGAUUACGACACUGGUGGCGUUGCUCGAGUUGUCCGUCAAUUAGACUUUAUGAAGAAGGCAUUUGGUGACGACGGUGACAAUGAAGACCAGAAUAAUGAAAUUCAUCCCUCUUUCGCCAUAUUUCUGUAUCUCAACUCCGUCGUCGUACAACAUCAUGGACGGUUACUCGAGUCGCCUCGCAUCGUUACCAGCUCUAUUGUCGUUGGGACCACGUCGCUCGGAUGGGCGAAGAGCAUGGUGUUCAGGAAUGAACGACGGGUGAAACAUCUUCGCAUGCUUUGCGCUAUAAAAGACUUAGAUGUACGGGCUUACAACAGUCUCCUUUUUGCACUCCAUCGGAUCGUGUCGUCGACCAUCAAGCCUGUAACCACCCCCGACGACCAACGUCAGGAUGAGUCGCAGUCCGCCACUACGUCUGACUCCAACGACCCAUUGGCCUUCGCUAUCAAUUUGGACCUGGGUAAUGCCACUCUCAACAUCGUAGGAGGUGGUGUUCGUCUGCGUACGGUGUUUUCCAACGUUCAGUCGAGAAUGACAGGCAGCAAGAACGUCGCGAUUGAUCAAGGUAAUCCGGUUAAAUCCGCACAAAAGACCAUCCAUCUUCUUCUAGGCGUUAUUGAUGCGGCUUUGCUUCAACCCACUCGAGGACAUGAGCUAGAAUUAUCGCCCCAAGAUCGAUUGGCGAUCUUGGUUCAUGCCGAUGACUUGUCCUAUGUGACGGAUCAACAUUACGCCCCGGGUAGGGCAACGCAGCGAUGCAUUCUCGGAGCCAAGCAUCUUGACAUACAGUCACGCCCUUUACCCAUGAACUUUAUUGAUUUCGCCACGAAUUGGAAAGAAGAACAUUACCCACAUUUCCAACCAGCUAUCGAAGACUUGAUAUCGCUAUUUCGGUCACGUAGCACUAGGAUAUCACCACCGUCUAGUGAAAGACCGCUGACCGUGAUUGACCUUUCACUCGGCUCGGCGCAUAUACAAAUCAGGGCGGCACAGAAAUUGUAUCUCAGAUGGGAAAUUGGUAAACUAUACGUCAAUGAGGAGAAUGUGGAAGGUCGACAUCGUUUUGGCAUCAAGCUGGAACCUCAAAUUGUCGGGGCGUACUUAGAAGAAAAUCUCACGAAGGCUACCACAGGAAAGAAGACGAAAUCGAAGAAGCAAGACUCGUCCGCUCUUCGUUUACCUGCGCUCAACAUGACAGGGGAGUACAGAACUGGCACCGAGCCAACACUUACCACAAUCAUCAAUGUUGGGUUUUUCACGGGUAUACUCAAGCCUGCUAUUCUCGAUCGUCUACUUUCCCUCCACCAUCGUCUUGCGGAAGAGAUGGUGAAAGUUGUACAGCAAUACCAGGAGACGAUACAAAAGAUGUUCCCUAGUCCUCCAUCACCAGAUCAGCUAACGAAUGCCGAUGCUCAACCUUAUAGGCUGCGUUUAGAUCUACGAAUCGCUGUCUCUGGGAUCCGCUUUGGAUUACGAGCUGAUGACGUAACAACUACUCUUCUCUUUGAAGCGCUCAAUCUCGAGGGUACCGCGUCGAACGUUACUGGAGCAGAUAUCGAUCUCCGUUGGGGAGCUAAAAUCAAGCAUCUUGGGUUAUCCCUGGGUCAUUUGGGUCAUGAAGCAUUGUCCGAAUCCGAACAACCAAUGCGCAAAUAUCGCUCAGCGUAUUUGGUCUGCGACAUGGAUGUCGAGGAGCAUCCAGAUGGUUCCGUCCGAGCUUCCCGUCUUACUGUCAACCUUCGACAAAUUCACACGGUCAUGCACGUCGCGGCGCUUAGUGAGAUGGCAGAUCUUAUUCAAAGUUGGUCGUCCGACAUUCAUGUGUUAUACGAUCACAGGGGCGAACAAGUACAAGAGGUCAAGAAGCAAACCACUCAAAUCUUGAAGAAGUUUGAAUCACCCGAGAAAGAGACUAAAACUGUCGCAAGUUGGUUCUCCACGAGAUGGUUACGAGUCCGAGUGAAAGGUUUCGGCAUUGCAGUACCACUGGUGGACGAAACGACUAUCGAUCUGCAAACCAUCAGAGGUACAUCCGUCCCCGCCCUACUUUUCUCCGUCGGGUCUGUCGAAUUCAGUAACAAGCGUAAUGAGACAGCCCGUUUUCAAAUGCAGGAUAUGGCUUUACAGUUUGUGGACAGGUUCGAUCAAAGUAAGACAGAACAUUUCGAACAGGGUACAGGAACGGGAGACAACCAUAUGACCUUACCUUCCAUCAUCAGUGAAGCACAAAUGUCCACUUCAGCUGAUCAAUGGACCGUCUUCGCUCAUUCCACUGCAACUAACUUCAAACUCUCCCUAGCGCCAACUGUUGCCGAUGGAGUUUUUAAGCUCAUCGAUCUGUACGAACAAGGCAAGCAUCGCAUUGCUGAGAUUGAAAAGCAAUACCGUUCUGAGCUUGUCCGGAAUAAUGCUUUGGAAUCAGUGGUCAACAAGUAUGAAGACCAAAGAUCCCCAACUACCAGCCGACAACAACGAGUGGUUAUUCGGUUGUCUUUCGUGUUUAACUCCGGGGUGGUGAUCUUCAAACGAUUGCCCUCUAGAAGGUCGACACAUGAUGUGUUGGACGAUUUCCGGGGUAGACGGACGGAGAGUCGGGAUACAUUUACAUUGCCCAGUGUCUCUGCAUGGGUUGAUUAUGCCGGAGCAGAUGAUCACUCGCAAGGUAGUGAACACGAGGAGGAUGCCGGUGUUCUCGUCUUCAACAUGGCUGUGCAUGAGAGUGAAAAUACUCUACGUCCAUCCAUUUUACCAUUCUUUAUCGAUCUACAAGAACGUAUCGAACGUCGGCCUAAGGCUUCUCCUCAGUCCGAACCGAAUCGACCUGAAAUGCCCGCUUCCAGAAGUACGCCAAUACUCCAAACAAGACCGGCAACGCCGGCACAACGUGUUCCUCACGCAACUCCAGGUUCACUGACCAUUUUAUCAUCUAGAUCUGGCUCGGAAAGGAUCCGAGUUAGCGUGACAUUGCGUAUCGACAAGUCGACCCUUCGAUUUUCAUGUGAGCCCGAUUCUGAUGCCUUUUUGGCGGUUCGAUGGGAUUCUGGAGGGUUCAUGGCCAGUACCACGUUGGGUGGUUCAGAAAUCAUGACAGUGGCUGGUUCCGUAUCUGGAGUGACCUCGGAACUCAGUCAUAUCUAUGCGGCUCCUGGUCGGAGCUGUAUGGUCGCCAGUGCGAAGGACAUGGCCUUUUCCCUCUCAUAUACCCGUUCAACAUCUCUACACCCACCAGGACUAUCUAUUGUAUUCGAUACAGAAGUCUCAUCCCAAUUCCGUCUAGACGCAUACAGCGUGUUCCUCAUUUUCACAGCAGUCUGGAUCGACAACAUACCUGGACUCAAGAAGCUCGGACAAGCACCCGUGGAACCUGUCGCUCCUAUUAAUUUCAUGCCAACUCCACCCAAACUACCCAUCGCCGCGUUGUUCAGAUUCAGAAGUGUCACAUUCGACGCAGAUAUCGUUGUAUCUCGUGCCAAGCUGCAAAUGACACCCAUUGUUAUACGCUCCUUGUCCAACGGAGAACAACUAGAACUCGAUAUACACGUGGGUGUGACGGAAAUCAUUGCCACUGGGGAUAUCUCGGGUGAUGUGCGGAGUGAACGUUUAUCCUUCAACACAGUCCGAAGAUCAUCAAGAGCAAGUGAUUACUCUAAGGCUACCGUUCUGGCAAUGAGUAUUGAGGGAGGCGAUUUGUCCGCGAAUAUGUCUCUGGAUAAGAAGAAUAUUGUGAGAUUGCAUUUGGCACCUUCCACUGUCACUCUUUCGGAUGAUUGGAAAGCUUUCAUGACGGAUCAUCAAGCUCAAGUCGAUCUAGCAUUUGUUGUUGCGGCUGGUCAAUUACAAGGUGUCUUACGUCUCCUCGAACUGCCUCGAUUGUUAGGAUUAUUUUACCGUAUUUUCGAUACUGUCGAGCGACAAAACAACAUCGCUAUUCAACGUUCGGCAGAAUUUAAAUCUCGAGAGCAACGAAAGAAUACUGAACCAGCUCCUGUGACCGCUGCCAUUGCCCAAACUGCCCGUCGCGCGGGACUCAGCUCAAAUACGACUACACAUAUAAAAACAUCCCAAACGAUGCGUUUUGAUCUGAAAGGAAUUGACAUUGGAGUCUUCAACGAAGAUCUGGAUGAUGGACAUGUUGCAGACUUUUAUCGUUUCCUCGUUGGACAAGUACAAGCCGAUCUCAAAAGAGAGUGGACAAAGGAGCAUUUCCCAGAACGAAAACUCAGUUUACUGGUCACAUAUGUCAGAUGGGAUACGAGUGAUGGUCAACGAGCUGCGAAGUUUGAGAAACCGGAUAUGACGGCGAAACAACUUAUCGACCGAGCUAUGAGACAAGGUAGACGUGAAGUUGCAUCUCUUCCACUUAUGACUCUGACCAUGACUUCCGUUGAACUCCCCUCACCACCGACUUUGGAAUUUGACUUUGACUUGACAUGGGGAGAUACGGAUGGUGAUUUCGCCAUAUUACCCAACUUUCUCGAAUCCGCAUAUCAAGGAUUCAAGAAGCUCGAUACGGAUCUUCGAACUCAAAAACAGUCGAGGGAAUUCGGUUCCAAAGGUCCUGGUAGAUCCUUAUCACUUCCCAUGCCUGAUAAGCAUGCUCCUCUGGUGGAACCUGUACCUGAGUUGGUGUACCGUCGACGUGGUGGAGAUCAAGCGAAUAAAAUUCCCAUUCCAAGGUUCAAGUUGUUAGGAGAGGCAACGACGGAAGCGGCGAGAUUGGUACCGAGAUUAAAAGCCAUGUCGGCGGAAUUACCGUCGUUAAGUCAUCGUAUCGUCACGUUACAAUUAGAGGAGGGUAUGGAUCUAUUGUUGAAGCUGUAUGAGAAACAAUUGCCGGAUGGACCGGACUAGAUCACAUGUGGGAGUCAUGGACAAUCGAAACGAGUAUAGCAUUUUGAGUGGCAUCAAGGCAGGAAGUGUUGUUGUACUUCCCUGACAUACGACUUGUAACUCGAGAGAUGACACUUCUCUCAUUGG